CCACGGGUGGGGAUGAUUCAGACGAUGCUCUGUUGAAAAUGACCAUUGGACAGCAGGACUUUGGCCGAGCCGGUCUGCCUGACCUCAGCACCAUGACCGAAGAGGAGCAGAUAGCCUACGCUAUGCAGAUGUCUCUUCAAGGAGCUGAGUUUGGGCAAGGGGAGUCGGUGGAGGGGGAGAGCUCGGCUGAUAUGGACACGUCAGAACCCGCCAAGGAAGAAGACGACUAUGAUGUCAUGCAAGAUCCUGAAUUCCUCCAGAGCGUUUUGGAAAACCUGCCGGGGGUGGACCCCAACAAUGAGGCCAUCCGCAACGCUAUGGGGUCCCUGGCCUCCCAGGCCUCCAAGGAGAACAAGGAGAAAAAGGAGGAAGACAAGAAAUGAGCGGGGGGGAGGGGUGGCCGAGUCCCUUCUCCUCCUCCUCCUGUCCACACACCUCCCUGGUUGUAUAGCCUGGUAGCGUUCGGUUUCCAUAAUCUUUCUGGGCGUGUCUGUCUGCAGGGACGUGGGGUCCUGGGGGAGGGAUGGGGUCCUUUUCACAUUUUGCUUCUGGUUCAACAGUUAAUAAAACCCUUAAAUUUUCUCUGUA